AUGGCCCUGUUAUGGGUUACACUGCUUCUCGUCCAUCAAGCAUAUGCACUGGUUCCACUUACCACGGUUCAACUUGGUGAACCUGCGAUUCUCACAUGUACAUUGCCAGAAGGAGAGAUCGGCAGUCGAGCACUUCACUGGUACAAGCAGAGUUCUGGGGAUACUCUGAAGUUAAUUGCAGUGCUGAGAAGAAAUGCAAAGCCUUCAACCAGUUCAGCAGAGACUGCUUCAAGAAUGGAAGUAAAACUAAAUGAGAAAUUUAGCAAUUUGACAAUUUUAAAGACGAUUCAAGAAGAUGAGGGAAUGUAUCACUGUGCAGUCAUGGACUGGACUGAUAGUACCUGGAGUGGGACAUAUUUGUCAUUAAAAGGAAACAGAGGACAGAGGACAUCAAACUAUACUGUUGUUCAGACAGUAUCAGAUCCAGUCCGUCCAGGAGACUCAGUGACUCUCCAGUGUUCAGUCCUCUCUGACUCUGAGGACAAGACGUGUCCAGGAAAUCUCAGUGUGUUCUGGUUCAGAGCUGGAUCACAGACAUCUCAUCCAAACAUCAUCUACACAGAUGGAGAUAUGAGUAAUAAAUGUGAGAAUAGAUCUGAGACUCAGAAGAGAUGUGUCUACAGCUUCUCUAAGGACGUCAGCUCCUCUGAUGCUGGGACUUACUACUGUGCUGUGGCCACAUGUGGAGAGAUAUUAUUUGGAAAUGGAGCUAAACUAACAAUUGAAGAAACAGGUGGUUUUACAGCUAUUGCACUGGUAACUGCAAUAAUCUGCUUGGCCAUUUCUGUGAUUCUAAAUAUUGUUUUGAUCUGUUGCCAAACAAGAUCAAAAUGUGGACCAUCUGAAGACAACAGCUGCUCAUCAAAUGGAAGACAAGACAAGUUGAGCCAACCAGUUAAUGAUAAUACUGAAGAUGAGCUAAACUAUGCUGCGCUGCAUUUCUCUGGGGCAAAAGCUACUAGAGGAAGAAAGAAGAAAGAGUUGAAGACAGACGACUGUGUGUAUUCUCAGGUUACAUGCCGAAUGUGCAUUUUGAUAUAUGUGAACUUACCACCAUGUCACAUCCUUCAGUCGCUCAAAAAGCAAGAAGUGUCCUCACAACCACAAGAUCAAAACGAGAUGGUCGUGUUAUGGAUUACACUGCUUUGUCUUCAUCCAGUAUAUACGCUGACAGCGGUGAAAACAGUUCAACUUGGGCAACCAGCAACUUUUACAUGUGUUGUACCUGAUAACUUCAGCGGUUUACAAAUCUAUUGGUACAAGCAACAUCCUGGAGAUACUCUGAAUAUAAUUGCGACAUCAUGGUCAUCUACAGCACCACAGUUUGCACCAGGUUUAAAUUUAAGAUUUGACUUACGUACUGAUAACAGUUUUACUAACCUGACCAUUUUGAGGACAGUUGAAGAGGAUGAAGGAAUGUACCACUGUGGAAUCGCAGAGGUGCUUAACACUAAAUGGAGUGGGACAUAUUUGCUAGUAGAAGGAAACACUGAGAGGACUAUUGUUCAGACAGUAUUAAAUCCAGUCCGUCCAGGAGACUCAGUGACUCUCCAGUGUUCAGUCCUCUCUGACUCUGAGAACAAGACGUGUCCAGGAAAUCUCAGUGUGUUCUGGUUCAGAGCUGGAUCACAGACAUCUCAUCCAAACAUCAUCUACACGGAUGUAGACAUGAGUAAUGCAUGUGAGAAGAGAUCUGAGACUCAGAAGAGAUGUGUCUACAGCUUCUCUAAGGACGUCAGCUCCUCUGAUGCUGGGACUUAUUACUGUGCUGUGGCCACAUGUGGAGAGAUAUUAUUUGGAAAUGGAGCUAAACUGGAGAUUGACCAAACAGAAAGUUCUGAAUUCAUUGUACUGGUAAUAGCAAUCAUCUGUUUGGCCAUAUCCGUGUUUAUAAAUAUUGCUUUCAUCUGUUAUCGAACUCCGAGAGGAGUAUGUGGGCAAUAUGAAGAAAGCAGCUCUUCACCAGCAAGACGAGAUGAUUUGAGCCAAGCAGUUAAUUAUGAUACUGAAGGUGAGCUGAGCUACGCUGCGCUGCAUUUCUCUGGAGGGAAACCUACAAGAGGAAGAAAGAAGAGACACAUGAAGACGGAAGAAAACGUACUUUGAUCUGAUCAAAGCAGACUGAGUCCAAACCUGAGCCUCAUUAUUGAUCAUGGGAAUCGUUGAGAUCACAUUUCAGCCUUAGGAGGCUUAUUCAACCUGAUUUGAACAAAAAGGUUCCUUAUUGGUCUUAUUUUGAAAAUGUCCUUUGUGGAACAAGAACUACUGCACUGAAAAGACUGAAAGUUCCUCUAUUCAUAUUUUGUGGUUAAUAAGAUCAGCAUGUAUAGCUUUAGGAAAGAUGUGUUGUACUAUAAAGCGAAAGUAUCUGUCUUCAGACAAUAAUACAUGCAGUAAUAAAGG